AUGAACAGUUUGGCUCCAACGCCUCUCCCUCCUCAUUUCCACCAGCACCGCCUUUCUCCCACUCGAUCCAUGCCUACGCAGAACCCCCGCAAGAGGAAAGCCUCACCCUCACCCGACCGCGACGAUGAGAUGACUACGUCUCCUGGUCUCUCAAAUGCCCGUCUUCCUAAUGCUUUAACACCCACCUCAAGAAAAAGAGUUCGAGCCGAUGUCAUUGGCAGGCCACUCACCGUCGAUCGCUUACUCGAGACCCUCGAUAAGGACUCAUUACGCUCUGUCCUCAGUUCGUUGGUCAACCGCAACCCGAACUUAAAAGAAGAGGUCGUCCUGCUUAGUCCACGGCCUAGCAUACAAAGUACACUGCAAGUGUUACGGCAAUACUACAACAAAUUGAUGGACUCCUUUCCUCUAGACCCCAAUCCACAAUCCGACUACUCAUACGACCGAAUUCGCAUCCAUUUACAUGCCCUUCUCGAAGCCCUAGCCGAUUUUACACCACAUUUCCUCCCACCCAACGAACUACAAUCCUCCACUUCGCUCGAAUAUCUUCACGGCGUCACACAGAUUAUCCAUAACCUGCCCGACUGGGACACUCCGCAAUACAACAUCUCUAAGCAGAAUGCUUAUGAAGAAAUCUCCCGUGCAUGGGUCACCGUCCUCAAAGAAUCCGGCAAACGGGGCGGUGGCAUGCAUCUACAAUACAAUGGCUGGGAAGAGAAGCUGCGGCUGCACAACGAGAAGAGCGGUGGGUUGCUCAAGGAUGCAUACGGCGAACUGGCUGGUGCGUUGGGCUGGCUCCGCACAGGCCACUCGGGCGGUACGGAGCAGCAGAACAGUCUUCGACAGCAGCUAUUCUCCGGAACAUAUGGACUCGACCAACCGAGUAUGCGGACCGGCAUGUGGUAA